UGAUCAACGAUCAUAACUGAAACUGUUCUGAACCAUCAAAGAUGGCAGCUGCAUAGCCGUUCGAUCCAAACGAUUGUGAAGAGCACGAGGGUUGUGCUUCACUCUCAUUUCUACUUCUUUUUGCCGCUCAAUUUCCCUCUCAGUUGCUUCAGUGGCGGCUUCAGCUCGCAGAGAACGACGAAUUCAACCUUUCAGUUUUCAUCUCUCAUUCGAGAAGCUCUGAACUCAUCGCAAUUUCCUCUGGAAUCUACUGCGUUCUGUUGCCGUCAUGGAUACUGAUGAGGUGUGCUCAAUUGUUCUUGAGUUAUCUGAAAAGGAUCCUUUAUUUGAUAAGAAGAAGAAAUUACUACAAUGUAAGGGGUUUAGUCCCAAGGAACGGAUAUAUCUCAACUCCUCAGAAUCUGGUUGGGAGAAUGCUACUGCAAAGAGGUUACUUGAGAUAGAGCGAAUCAUACAGUUAAACGAGCUGGAACUUUAUUUUGCUGAAGACAAUGGUUGCACAUCAGUGGAUUUUUACAGCCCCAGGAAUGAGUUGGAGGCGCUCAAUUCAGUUGUCUUUCUCAUCGACAUAUCUCUUUCCAGUUGUUCACAUCUCCAUACAAAUAUCCUGCAAGGGCUACGGCAAACAAUGCUUGAUUUAAUUUCUGACUUUGGAGAUAAAAAUAGUGUGAAGGGAGUAGUUGAAAUAGACCACAAUUGUGAUCAAGAAGAGCACAUGAUAGAGUGGGGUGAAAGCAACGGUGUAAAAACACAGUUAAAGAUAGCUUAUGUUGAAGGAGCAGGUCGGGGUGCGAUUGCUACAAAAGAUCUAAAAGUUGGAGACAUCGCUCUAGAAAUUUCUGCGUCCAUUAUCAUUUCUGAGGAGCUUGUGCAUGAAACUGAUAUGUAUCAGGUCCUAAAAAUGGUGGAUGACAUAUCAUCUGAGACAAUAUUGCUAUUGUGGAGUAUGAAAGAGAAGUACAACUGUGAUUCAAAAUUCAAAAUAUACUUUGACACACUCCCAGAAAAAUUUAAUACAGGAUUGAGUUUUGGUAUUGAAGCGAUUGCAAUGUUAGAUGGAACCUUGCUAUUUGAAGAGAUAAUGCUGGCAAGACAGCACCUGCAUGCUCAAUAUGAUGAGUUGUUUCCUGUUUUGUGUGAUGAGUUUCCUGACAUAUUUCCACGAGAGCUGUACACGCGGGAAAAAUUUAUAUGGGCUUGUGAACUUUGGUACUCGAAUAGCAUGAAGAUAAUGUAUCCUGAUGGAAAGCUGAGAACAUGCUUGAUCCCAAUUGCUGGCUUUCUUAAUCAUUCUCUGUGCCCACAUGUUAUGCACUAUGGCAAAGUAGACCCUUCAACAAAUUCAUUGAGGUUUUGUCUGUCAAGACCAUGCAAAUCUGGAGAAGAAUGCUGCUUAAGCUACGGGAGCUUCCCCAGCUCUCAUCUACUAACAUUUUAUGGUUUCUUACCUCAAGGAGAGAACCUGUAUGAUGUCAUUCCCUUAGACAUUGAUGGCUCUGAUGUUAAUUCUAUUGAGGAUAAACCUGAGUCCAACUGGACUACACACAUGGUGCGCGGUACUUGGCUCUCCAAUAAUCACAGCAUAUUUCAUUAUGGCCUUCCCUCUCCAUUACUGGACCAUCUUCGGAAAUCUCGAAGUCCCACGCUGCAUACUAAGACUUACUUGCAAGGUAACUUAGAAAAUGAGCUGGAAGUACUUGGAGAUCUCAUAUGUAUCUUUGAUAACAUGGUGGACAAUAUGGGUGAGAUCGAUCUUGAUGACAGAGAAAACUGCGGUCUGGAAGAAAAAUAUGCCAUGGAUUAUAAAAAUCUACAAAGAAAAAUUGCCUAUUCUGUUUCAUCUUCAUGUCAUAACGGUGUCAACUUAGUCAAGAAUGAACUGUGCAAGUGCAUGGCUGAGGAUAUCCUAGGUUAAUUGAGCAUCUUGGAUCAUUGUUUGUACCUCAUACUCCACCUGGAAUAUGACCUUUUUGUAAAUAUAGAUAAAAUCACCAUGAAAUUUUGCUGUCACUAGCUGUGGUUGAGCUUGGUUGCCCCCACUCUAUGACACGGGCAGCUCAGCAUGUUAUUUUAGGUGAUGAAAUUGAUGAUUCCGGAAUUUUCAGGAAGAAGAAGCUGCUAGCUGUAGCUAUUGACGCCA